CCACGACUGUGUAAGGAAGACGAAGAACAAAUUAAGAGAGAGACUGUGACUUAUGGCCAUGUUGAAACUGCGAUCCGCCUUUAUCCUCGGUGUAGUUUUCUCCAUAUUAUCUAUAUCACAAUGCAUCGACGACAAGUGUGCAGCAUGCAAUGCCAUUGCGGAGGAGCUAGAAAUUGGGCUUGCUAAAGAAAAACCAAGAAAUAAUUUAGACAUGAGACAUCGGUUGAAUUCUAAAGGUCAACGCGAGGGAAAAGUGAUUGAUUAUAGGGUAAGUGAGCUGAGAGUGGUCGAUCUUCUUGACGGACUCUGUGACAAGAUGCAAGACUACACACUACAAAAGACUGAUUCAACCAGACAAUUGUGGAUCAAAAUGCCUAAUUGGGAUAACAACCUCACUAUCAAUAAACAAGAAGCUAGAGCGAAUUCAAAAGAUAUUUCAACUUACUGUGGAAGGUUGCUUGAGAAAACUGAAGACGAGCUGACGGAAUUGAUGAAGAAAGGACUUGUUGAAGCAGGAGAUGUAAGCAAGGUUCUAUGUCAAGACCUUAGCAAACACUGCAGUUCAACCAGGGAUAGCCAACAGCCUGAUGAAGAACUAUAAGACCUAAUUUUGCAUAGUUAUCAUAUAUACAAUGGAAAUGAGCUUAUUUAAUUUGAAGUUAUCAGAAGAACUUUAGCCACCUUAUGUUUCUCUACUUCCACCACCAGAUCAAAUGUAUAACCAUUUGCUUUGUUUGAAACUUCCAAGAGCAAUUCAAUCCCUUUUUUUACA